GCCGAGCCAGCCUGCAUGGCAAGUCAUCUCUACGUAUUGAGAGGGUUCGCUCAGAAGACCAGGGCUGGUACGAGUGCAAGGUCCUGAUGCUGGAGCAGCAGUACCACACCUUUCACAACGGCAGCUGGGUGCACCUCACAGUCAAUGCUCCCCCAACUUUCACGGACACGCCGCCGCAGUAUGUGGAGGCCAAAGAGGGGGGCAGCAUCACUCUAAGCUGCACGGCCUUCGGGAAUCCCAAACCUUCAGUCAGCUGGCUCAGGGAGGGAGACCCCGUACAGGACAGCAGCAAGUAUAAGGUGAGUGAUGGCAGCCUGACGAUUGUUUCCAUCAGCCGUGAGGACAGGGGAGCGUACACAUGCCGAGCGUACAGCGAGCAGGGAGAGGCCGUCCAUACCACACGCCUACUCGUCCAAGGACCCCCAUUUAUUGUUUCACCACCAGAGAACAUAACCGUAAACAUAUCCCAGGACGCAUUCUUCACUUGUCAGGCUGAGGCAUAUCCUGGCAACCUAACGUACACCUGGUUCUGGGAGGAAGAUAAUGUCUACUUCAAGAAUGAUCUAAAGCGCAGAGUGAGUAUUCUGAUCGACGGUUCACUCAUCAUCUCCCAGGUGAAACCUGAGGAUGCUGGGAAAUAUACCUGCAGCCCGAGUAACAGCCUUGGGCGCCCACCUUCUGCAUCAGCGUACCUGAUAGUGCAUUACCCUGCCCGUGUUGUAAACAUGCCGCCCGUUAUUUACGUGGCUAUCGGACUGCCGGGGUUCAUCCGCUGCCCGGUGGAUGCCAACCCGCCUGUCACUUCAGUGAAGUGGAAAAAAGACGGCCUGCCUCUGCGGAUAGAGAAGUACCCUGGCUGGAGCCAAAUGGAAGAUGGAAGUAUUCGAGUGUCUGAGGUGACAGAGGACUCUCUCGGCACCUACACCUGUGUGCCUUACAAUAGCCUCGGUACAAUGGGACAGUCCCCUCCCGCCCCUCUGGUGCUAAAGGACCCACCCAAAUUUCUGGUGGUUCCUGGAGGGGAGUACAGGCAGGAGGCUGGUCGAGAGCUGGUCAUCCCCUGUGAGGCAGAAGGAGACCCAUUCCCCAACAUUACAUGGAGAAAGGUAGGGAAGCCCAGCAGAAGCAAGCACAAUGUCCUACCACGAGGCAGCUUACAGUUCAAAUCUCUCAGCAAGGAGGACCAUGGGGAGUGGGAGUGUGUCGCCUCCAAUGUCGCCACGAGCAUCACUGCCAGCACGCACCUCCUAGUAAUCGGCACAAGCCCACACCCCCCCGCCAAAGUCCAUGUUUCAGUCUCGACGACCUCGGCCAACGUCUCUUGGGAGCCCGCUUACGACGGCGGCUUUGAGCAGACAUUCUCAGUCUGGUACGGCCAUGUGGUGAAGAGGGAGCAGUUAGGACCGCAUGACUGGCUGUCCAUGCCUGUGCCCAGCGGCCAGCACUGGCUCCUGGUGCAAGGCCUGGAGUCUGAGACGGCCUACCAAUUCAGCGUCCUGGCCCAGAACAAACUGGGGACGGGCCCGUUCAGCGAGGUCGUCACUGUGAACACACUAGUAUUUCCUAUAAGUACCCCAGAACCACUGGUGCUGCUUACCCCACCACGGUGCCUCACAGCCAACCGGACACAGCAGGGAGUCCUACUCACAUGGAUCCCUCCAGCCAAUCACACGUCGCCAAUUGAUCACUACAUCAUGGAGUUCCGUCUCGGGGAGAGGUGGGAUGUUCUUGAUGAUGCAAUCCCUGCUGCAGAGACAGAGCUAUUGGCUAGAGACCUGGUUCAGGAGGCCUGGUAUGAGUUCAGAGUGAUGGCGGUUAUGGAGGACGUUGUCAGUGAACCCAGUAACCUAGUGGGAGUCUCUAGCACAGACUACUUUCCGCUGCCUGAGGUGCCAGACGAGGGGCUGGCGCGGCCGGUGGUGGCAGGCAUUGUGGCCACCAUCUGUUUCCUGGCAGCAGCCAUCCUCUUCAGCACGCUAGCAGCCUGCUUCGUCAACAAACAGAGACGGCGUAAGCUCAAGCGGAGACGAGACCCCCCUCUGUCUAUAACACACUGCAGAAAGAGCAUGGAGACUCCGAGUCCUCUUACCCCUCUGCCUGGCAUAGAACCCUACUGGGAAGGGCAGGAAAGGAGCAGCUGCAGGCCUCCAUCCUCCAGUCCUCUAUCAUCUUCUGGAAAGGUUAGUCCAGAAAGUGUCCGCUCCAUUGGACCUCCUUCAGAGUCCUCAGACGAUGGUUUACGAGCUAAGAAGUUUCCUCAAAGUCCUGCCAAGGAGAAGGAGCUGUCUUUAUACAUGAAGACCAAGAGAGCAAUAAUUAGCAAGAAAUUUAGCAUCUCUAAGCAUGAGGCAGAGGCUACCACCCCAAUUGAAUUGAUCAGUCGUGGCCCAGAUGGGCGCUUUGUCAUGGAACCCACAGAUGUGGAAACCCCAGUUAAGGCACGGCGCAUUGAGGGCUUCCCCUUCGUCGAGGAGUCCGACCUUUACCCUGAAUUUCGACAGUCAGAUGAGGAGAAUGAUGAUCCGGGGCCCAUGCCGCCUAUGAUGGCUACCCUCAGACCCCAUCAGAUCUCCCCCAUUUCUUCUAGCCAGGAGUCUUACUUGCAGCCCCCAGCCUACAGUCCCCGCUUCCAAAGGCCCAUGGAAGGCAUGACUAUCAUGGAGACCAGUCGACUCCAGGCUACAGGGCAGAUUCGUGGUGCUCCUCACUUUCGAGCCUUUUCCCAUGGCCAGUUCUACAGCUACUUAGGAAGUCCAGGGGAACCAGAGCCUCCACCUCCUUUCUACAUGCCUGACACCAGCCCUCUCAGCUCAGUAAUGUCUUCUCCUCCUUACCACCUGGAGGGACCUUUUGGUCAUCCCACCAUCCCAGAGGAAAUCGGUGAGGGAGAGAUUCAGCAUUAUGCAGUCUCUGGCUACACCCUUCCCCUGGCGCACCCCUCAACCUCACGCUCUCCAGAUAUCUGGCAGCGGCCUGAUUUUACCUUUGCCACAAUUGAGGGUCCUCACUUUAUUUUUCCACCCCCACACCCUUUGCAUCUUCAUCCGGAACCUCCCCUUCCUCCCCCUCUUGUUCUUCCUCCUAGUGCCCUCCAUCCCUCCACCCUUCAAUUAUCUCCUUACCCUGGUAUCCUGCAGCUACAGGCCCCAAAAAGCCGCCCCGGCAAGUCUCCCAGCAAGGUCAAGCCUCAGGGCCUUCCAGCCAAGCGUUUACCUAUGCAAGAGGCACAGAGUUUAGGGCAGCUAAGACACACAAACCACGGUAUGGGUGUACCAGUAUUGCCUUACCCUGACCCAGUGUCUCACAUGGUUGGCCCAAGCUCCUUCAGAAGCCUGGAUACUCGAUGGUACGAGCUUACACCCAGGCUUAGCCCAAGGCAGCCCCGCAGGAUGGAACCCAGCAUGGUAGUUCUCCAGCCAUCCCGCCUCUCACCUCUAACACAGAGUCCUAUUAGCUCUCAUGAAGGCUCACCGGAGAUUGUAGUACGCCCCAGGCCCCGUCCCAGUGUCAUCCAACCCCAGAUCCCUCCUGAUAUGUCUGAGAUCACCCUUCAACCUCCUUCUUCAGCUAGCUUCUCUAGAAGGUCCACCCCCUCCUCCUCUCCUGCUCAAGGCCAAGGCAGCCGAAGGGCAAGUCCCAGCUAUCGAUCCCAUAUGGCAUUUGCAACCUCAGCAGCAAGCUAUCCAUCACAGUCCCCUUCACCUCCUGUAGAAAGCAGCAACAUUUUUGGGCAGAUGCCAACUCAGAGGAGGACUGAGGAGGAGAUCCUUCCAUCAGAACCUUCUCCACCCCAGUUAUCAGCUUCAGGAAAACGUCGAGGUGCACCAAGUGGCUCUGCAGGGUCUGAGAGGAUAGAAGUGCUGCGAUAUCAACGAGUGAAAACAGCCAAGAAAGUCAGCAUUAACAAUAACAACUCCAAGACCAGACGAAAGAUGGGUGUGCCCCCCUCUCAGACCCAGCAGCCCCACACCUCUCAGGUCCUCCAGCCAGAAGAAGCUCUCUACCUCCGCAAGAAGAAGAAAAAGUUGACUCGCCAGGACCCGUACACCCGCUUUUCUGCUCUGCUGUACCUCCGCCCGCCCCGAGAAGACCAGAAAGCCAUUUUGGCUAGUAUGUACACAGCAGACCCAGACCACGCCACUCUCCUCUGAUGUCCCAGAGAUUACAGGCCACACUCUCCUCAAACUCUGAGCUCCUUCCACCUUUGCUCAGCCAGCCAACGUCUUCACGUCCCCCCCUGAAUCCAAUGGUUUACUCCUCUUUUCUGUUACGCUUAAUGUAUCACAAAAACAUGCUUAUGUUCCAAGGUUUUGCUCUAGUCCAUUUACCUCAAAUUCAGAAGGAUAGGUCAUCUUGAGCAGAUUUAAAAGAAUCUCUUAAAUGCCUCAUUUCAUCUUUGUGACUCUUAACAGAUGGUGCGUCAGAUAAGGGAAUAGCUGUCAAGCUUCUGUUUCAUUCUGCCAACAGUAGAUCACAGGGUUUUCACAGGUAUACCUCAAACUCACCACAAUCUCACUGCUGCUAUACUGACAAACACAGAAGACGUUAGCAAUCCGAACAUUUGUUUGUAUUUUUCUAAUAUGACAUUCCACAGUGCAUAUUUCGAACAUUUUAGCAAACCAUCCAUCAUAAAGUGCAAUGGUCAGUAAGAUUUUCUGAUGUUUUUGAAAGUGGUCUCUUAUGCUCACCAAGACUGCGUAUAUUUGAUAAAUAAAUACAGUAAAAACAGUAAUAUUUUGAAAAAUGAAUAGAAUUUAAAUAACUGUUUUAUUUCAGUAUGUUUUAUAAUGCAAUUUAUCCAUGUGAUAGCAAACAUGAAUUCUCAGCAGUCAUUACACCAGUCUUCAGUGUCACGUGAUCCUUCAGAAACCAUUUUAAUAUGUUGA